AUACAGUUCCACAUAAGCAUGUUGAGGCGGUUCCAAAGGAAAAUCUGUAACAGGGCGCAGGAUGUGGUCUUACAGGUACAGAGGAAGUGCUGUGUUGAUAAACAAAUAUAGUGCAAAGGCCAGGAAUUCCUUAUGCUACAGAGGACCAUUCAAGAGUUUGGUAACAGCGGAAUAGUCGAUGCCCUUGAGUGUUGCGGUGCUGUUUUACUUUUUAUUCAGAUUUUUAGCAUCUACAGUCAUUUGCUUAAAUAUUUAGUAAGUGUUAAGUGCCACUCACAGCAGUUAGUGACAUAGUACAAAAACAAUCAACUAUAACCAGCAGAAGAAGAAAAAUUGCUGUUUUGAAAUGGAAACACACUCUUCGAGUUGUGAUGACAUUGUACAUCAGAACGCCGGGAGGAAGCGCGUCGUCCAAUCGGAAUGGUCGUUGGGCGUCCGUCUCCAAGGUUAAAGCAGUCGUUCUGGAUCCAAGAUAUGAGUUCAAUGUGGAUAGAAAACUCACAAAGACUGAUGUGCACAAGCUCAUUACGGUUUGUGUGGACAGAUUGCUUGAAACAGACCGGCCCUCUCUUGACACCAUCAAGAUGCAAAUAUAUUUUGAUAUGAAUUACACAACUAGAGCGGAAUUCCUUUCAGAACAUCGUUGUGUACUGGAGACUAGACUGGCUCCUGUACGCAGAGAAAUCACAGAUUGUCGUGCAAGGACACGAGAAGAGCUGGAAUGUCUGUACCGCAAAGUCGUCAGCUACGUCCUGCUCCAUUCUGGCCUUGGUUCCCCCACUGACAUAAGUGUAGUAAGAGAGGCAACCGCUGCUCUGCAAAGCGUCUUUCCACAGACAGAACUGGGUACCUUUCUUGCCCUCACAAAAAAGGACAAGGAACGGCAGCUGAAUGAACUCAGCAUGAUUGUCACUGGCAUCCGACUGUUCAACAAAAACUGCAAGAAGGGUGGCGAGGGUAUUGAUGACUUACCUGCCAUUCUCAAUGAAGCUCUGCCUGCAACCAAACAAAACGUGGAGACUGAGCUGCAAGCUACUCGGCAGCUGAUUUACCACUACACAGCUAUUAUCGAGAGGCUGGAGAAAAGCCGGCAACAGUGCUACGAAACAGAUGGUCUCCAUGAUAAGCUGAAGGAGGCUUUGUUCAAUGUGAGGCAGCAUGAACUCUUUCUAUGUAUCAUCGUGAAUGAAAUCAUCACAUGUGCCAAACAGGUUGAAAUGCGACAGCAGCAAUUCGACAAACGGAUGGAAGAGUUGAACGCUGUGGUUAAGUCAAAGGCAGCAGUGCCCACUGCACAAGUAUAUCCUCAUUUUAUUAGUCUCUCCAACCUGUGGAGCUCUUUCCAAGAUGAGAUGGUGCUGCUCAGCGUCUUCAGCAAUUUGGUAACCAAUUUAGAUCCAUACUUGGGAACUCACUCACAACUGUUUCCAAAUGGUGUCAUCGGGCCCUUGCUGGAAGGAGUGGAAGUGAAAACAGAUGAAGAGAGACUAAGUGAGGUAUCAGAACAAAAAGUAAUUCCAUCAGAGCUCAAGAAUCGUGAGUGGAUCUUUCCAGAAGGUGCACACCUUUAUCACCAACUGAGCACCCAGUAUCGAGGAUUCUGUGCAUACACACUUAGUGCAAGACAUGGACUCCUUCUCAGAGGCAACCCUAAUAUUGGAAUUCUUAAAUAUCAAGAAAAAUAUUACAGCUUCUCCUCAAAGGAGGCUGCAGUUGCCUUUGCUCAGAAGCCCGACUACUACAUCGCCAAGGCGGCAGAGGAAGCCAGACAGUCACCAGAGCUCAUCCAGCUGCUGGAGCUCCACCAGCAGUUUUCCUCCGUUGCUACCUACGGGCAGCCAGAGAAAUGCUUGAGGCCCAUCGCAAAAUGUGACAGCUGCACACAAACUGACACUCACAUCCUGGAGCCAAACAUCGUUAGAUCUUAUGAAUGGAAUGAGUGGGAGUUAAGAAGAAAAGCAAUUAAAUUGGCAAACCUGCGGCAGAAGGUCACUCGCCACAUGCAGACAACUCUCAGCCAUAUGAGAAGAGAUAACACUUCCCAAGUUUACCUUCCUAAGGAUAAGGCACUACAGACAAAGAGAGAUAAUUCCAGCAAUGUGCCCAAGCCUCAGGUCUUCUAUGCUGGCCUUCGUGGAGGAAAUGUUACAGAACCUACGCGUGCGAUCAAAUUCAACUUAACAAGAGCUGUCGAUGAAACAUAAAACUGAGCUUCCCCCUUCCUUAAAAAAAAAUUAACAAUGCUUUCUCACUAAACUUUAUAUGGGUUUUGACUGUCAGAUUGUUAUUUUAAAGGCACAAUUAAAAAAAAAUAUGCAGAUAGGUACAUUUCAGAAUUCCUAUUCUGUUUCUGCUAUUGCAGUAGAAUUUGUUAUCAGAACAAUCUCUGACACAAGCUUUGAAUGAAAUUGAUUAAAUUUGUUGAUUAAAAAGA